UGAGUUCCGGCUGCUCCACAGCGCCCGCCCCGCCCUGCCCGGUGUCGUCUUUCUCUCUCCUCCCCUGGACUUUGUUUCCCGAGGCCGGGAGGGGCCCAGGAGGAGGAGGAGGGGGCGCACCUGCUCCCGGGGCGGGCCGUCCCCUGGCAACCGCGGGCAGGGCGGCGCCGGGAGGCCUGGGUGCCCGGCGGCGGAGCGGAGCCGAGUCAGGAGGCUGCUGGGCCCGGGAGCCGCGGUGAGCCCAGCGCAUCUCCGCCCGGGAGCCCGAGAGCCCGGAACAUGGACCGAGUGACCAGAUACCAGAUCCUGAACAUCCCCCACUCGCGGCGCCUGGCCGGCCCGGCCUUCGACGGCGACCCCAGCUACACGGUCGAGCUGGUGAGCGUGGGGCCCCGGGCCGGCGGCUGGAGCCAGGACGACCCGCAGGCGUGGCCGGCUGACCGCAAGGCCCGGCCAAACCUGGCGCGGCCGGGGGCGCCCUACAGCCCGCGGGCCUUCUCGGUCCAGCGGUCCGCGCGGUCCCUCCACCCGGAGGACGGCGAGGAGGAGGAGGCGGAGGUGUACCACCUGGACGUCAGGCGGCCGUGGGACCUGGAGCGGGAGCGCUGGGUGGUCAUCCAGGGCCAGGCGGUCAAGACGAGCGACGGGGGGGCCACGCUGGGUGACGCCCCUGACCACGGGGCCCCCGGGAGCCCCGGCCGGCGGCCGCCGUCCACACCCGCGGAGGAGAACGCGGUCGACAGGGAGCAGAUCGACUUCCUGGCGGCCAGGCGGCAGUUUCUGGGCCUGGAGCAGGCGCGCGCCGACGCCCCUCGGAGACCCGCGGGCAGGGCGGCCCCCGCGCACGGCCCGCCCAGGCUCAGCCCGGCGCCCAAGGCCGGGACCAGGCCGCCGCUGGCCAACGGGCACGCGGCGCCGGCGAAGCCCCCGGGGAAGGAGGUGGUCCUGGAGGAGAGGGGCGUGCGCGGUUGGUCCGCGGGGGCCGCCGUCCCGGCUGCCGUCGAGCCCCCCGAGGCGCCCGGGGAGACGCCCAUCGAGCGCGAGAUCCGGCUGGCGCAGGAGCGGGAGGCGGCCCUGCGGGAGCAGCGGGGGCUGCAGCGGGCGGGCGGCCGCCAGGAGCUGGUGCAGGUGGUGUCGCGGCCGGUGCUGAGCAAAGUGACCCUGGCCGACGCCCCGAGGCGCGAGCGCGGGCGGCCGUCGCUCUACGUGCAGCGGGACCUGGCGCAGGAGACGCAGCGCGAGCAGGACCACCUGCGCGAGGGCCGGCGGGUCGGCCGCGCGUCCACCCCCGACUGGGCCUCCGACGGGUCCCCCCCGCCCGCCGGGCUGCGGAGGGCGCUCAGCUCGGACUCCAUCCUCGGCCCGACCCCCGACGCCAGGGCGGCCGACCCGGUUCCCGAGGCGCGCAGGGUGAGCCGCAUCCCGCCCAGCGCCUACCAGCCGUACCUGGGCUCCGCGGCGCCCGGGCCCGAGCUCCCCGCCGUCUACGCCGACGACGCCGAGGCCGCGGGGUCCCCGAGGCAUCUCUGGGGAGCCCCCGGGAAACCCCGGGGCGCGAAGCAGGAGCGCUCCAAGGCGGCGCAGGGAGCCCCGCGGGCCGACGGGGGCGUCGUGCGCUGGGAGAGCUUCCGCCUCCGUCCGCUGCGUUUCGGGGUCCCGGAGGAGCCCCCGCAGGCCGAGGCCCCCCGGGGCUGGGGCUGGGAGGCACCCGGGGCCCCAGCCACGAGGCUGCACAGGUCCGGGUCGUCGGAGCUGCUGGAGCGCGAGGUGGAGACGGUGCUGCGCCGGGAGCGCGAGUUGGCGGCGGAGAGGCGGAGCGCGCUCUUCCCCGAGGUCUUUUCGCCGUCGCCGGACGCGGACGCGGACGACGACCGCGGCUCCAGGAGCUCGUCCCAGGCGUCCGGCCUCACGGGCAGCUACUCGGUGUCCGAGGUGCACUUCCGCCCCAUCCACCUGCAGUCGGGCCUGGCGUGGACGGCGGAGGCCCCGGCCGAGGCAGCGCCCGGGCAGAGAAAGAGGAAGGAGCAGUGGUACGCAGGCAUCAACCCCGCGGACAACAUCAACUCGGACAUCCUGGAAGCCACGAGGGUGACCCGUCACAAGAGCGCCAGGGCAGAACGCUGGGAAGCCGGCAUCUACGCGAGCGAGGACGAGGACUGAGCCUGGGGACAGGGGCGCCCACCCCCUGCCCUGCCAUGACCCCGUGGGAACUGCCAAGACUGCCCCCGAGCCCCCCGCCACCGACCCCAGCUUAGGAAAUAGGUCCCCGGCCAGACCCACACGGGGGUCACGGGCGCCAACCCCGGGGCAGCCGCGCUCUCCGACUCUCGAGGGCUUUCUUUUCCGUUUUUAUUUUCCGGGAGAAAUCGUUGUGGGUUUUGGGUCCAAAGCUGGGAGGAAACGGGAUUUCUGUCGAUUCUUUCUGCUCCUGAGAGUUUGCCAAACGCCGUCCGGCCCGAGGAGGAGGGGGGCCAGCUCCCCGCCACCCGGGGUCUCCGAGCCGAGCCCCCACCCAGUGGAGGAAGGGCUCGAUUCGGGGUCCUCCUGCUGUGCCCCCCACACUGCCUGUCCCGCGAAAUGAAAUAAACCCGCGGGGCCGCCUGGCCCCCUCUGUCUGUUCCGCUUUCUUGA